AUGAAGGAAGAGAAAAUAAUAAAAAAGCGCUUUAUAUUUUAUUUAGCUUUAGUUAUUCAAAUAAAUGAAAGGCGAUCUCAAAACAUAAGCUACUGCUUAAAACAGUCUUCAGAUGGAUAAAAUUGUCUAUAAUGUAUUGAUGGAUAUAAUUUAAUACAAUAAUCUUAGGAUAUUUCUUCUUUAGCAAAUUCAUAAAAUUCUUUUUAAUCUAUUUCAACCAGCAAUAAUAAUAAUACCAUUUGCCAAGCUUAAUGUUCUCCUUAUUUUUACCGUGCUACUUCUCCAUCGUCUGAUGGCAGCUAUGCGUGUAGCUCAACUUGUUCUCAAACUUAAUUAGGAGACAAUCUUACACGCAGUUGCUAAGAAGUUUUCUAGUGUCCAGAUUCAUUUUAAUUUGGCUAGUCUUUCCAUCAAGGGAUAGCAGACAACUUGAUAUUUUAUAGAAAUAACCUUUAAUAAGGGAUGGGAGAAAUACUAACAAGUAGUCCAAGUGAUCAAAGAGUUCUUGUUUGGGACAGUUAAACAGGAUAACUAACAGCUGAAUUUUAAGGGCACACUUCAGGAGUUUUGAGGAUUUUGUUUAUAGAUAAUAAAACUAAUCAAAAUUCUGAUGUGAUUAGAUUGUUGAGCUUUUCUUCUGGAGGAGAAGUAAUAAUAUGGAACUUUUUAAAGGCUACAAUUAUAUCAAAAAUUUAAGUUAUAAAUGGAUAGCUUUCAUCGUCUAGUGAAGUUGAAUUAAGUAGCAACUCAAUUAUUUCAUUUGGGUUGUAAGGAGAGUUUUAUCUAGUAAAUUUUAUUACCUCUUAAAGUAGCAAAUUUGUUGGACAUACUUAAGUAGUUACUAAAGUUGUUUUUAUUAAAUCUUCUAGUGGUUUAAUUAGCUCAGAUUACUUAAUUUCUACUUCUAUGGAUAAGAAUCUUCUUUUAUGGCAAAUCAAUUCUCCUAAUUCUCCAUUGCAAUUAAUUACUUAAUUUUAAAUAACAUCUUUUUUCAUUCUACCAUUAAGUUUAACCUCUUAGACUACUUCAUUAUAUUUGUUUGCAUAUGGGUUAGAUGUAUUAAACAAUAAGAUAGCAACUAAAGUUUGUAACCUUGGCGAUAUAAAUGAUAGCAACUUUAAAACUAAUUUUAUAAAUAACAUGCAAACAUUUAAUGACCACAUUAACAGCAUAAUAAAUAUAAUUGUUGACUAAAACAAUAUAAAGAUGAUCACUUAUUCAUAUAACGAAUUAAUUUUUUAUGAUUCCAAGUUAAUAGGAGCUAAUCUUACUUUCUUAUUAAAUUCGUAAUCAAAUUUAGCAACUCUCUUCCCUUCUGCUGAUAUUUAAAUUGCAAAUUGCUAGCUAUUUGGAAACAGGUUGAUUAUUUCUUCUUUAUUUGGAGAAAUUCUUCUUUUUUAAUAUUCGCCUAGCUAAUAACCAAUUGUUUCUACUCUUCCUUAAAAUUACAUAACCAUACAAAGAGAGAAAAAAUUAAAUUCAGUAAUAAAAUUUUAAUAUUCUGAUGUAGACAAUAUACUUUUUGCUUACGCAAAUUAAGUGGUAGCGAUAAACUAUUCAACUAGAACUAUAUAAUUUAUUAUAAACAACUUCCCCAAUCCAACCAUAGCUUAUACUAGUGCUGCCCUCAAAGUGUAUUAAAAGCCUAGUAAUUCUCUAGUAGCAACCGUUUCUACUGAUGGAAGAGGAUUUGUGUAUGACAAAAUAACUUUUUAGCUAAUUUCUGUGUUAUAAUACUCUAAAAAUUUAAAUUUAAGCAGAUUUGCUAAAGUAAUUCAACCAGUAACAGUUGUCAUUGUUUUAAAUUAAAAUGUAUGUAUUUCUUAUCAAGAUACAGCGUUUGUUUGUUAUGAUCCUGUCACAGCAUAAGUUAAUUACUAACAUCAAAACAAUGUAGAAGCCUACCUUAAUUUAUUCGAAGAUUAUACAAGAAAUUUUGUCUUUGCAUUUGGUUUGAGCUAAGCUGUGGUAUAUGACUUAAAUCUUAAGAAGGUAAGGUCGUAAAUCUUCAUAUAGAACUAAUUCUAUGUCUACAAUAUUUAGUGCUAAUUUGAUCUUCUUUAUGUUUCCUCUCCAUCAGGAAUUUUGGUAAAGCUAAACUACCCUGACUUAUCUGUUUAGUAUUAAAAAGAUUACACUUAUUUGAAUUAAAAUAGUUAAAAAAUAAAUGGAUGGAAAUUAGAUGACAAAAAUAAUUUAUGCAUAGUCUAUUUUGAUGGUGGAUUAGUAAUUUUAAUUAACACAGACUUAUCUUUGAUUAAAAGCUUGUCAUAUAAAUCAGCUCCUACAAUUUGUGGAAUUAACUAUCCUGAAGUUGCAACAUGCGCGACAAUAGGAGGUGGAGUUGUAGCUUGGGGAUUAUAUGUAGAUUACUUUUUCGAGCAGUAAUUAUUGAAUUUUCCUAUUUAAUAAGGAUAGUUUUCGUUUAUUUAUGGACAAGCUUUCCUCUAAAUUGAUUAUGCAGCUUAUGGUUCAGGCAUUAUGGUUGGAGACUUGUAAUAUCUGCUGGCUUCUUAAAAUUUCAAUACUAUACAAAAAAUAUAAAAUUUCAAUGAAGAUGAUGAUAGAAUGCAAAUAUUCACCGUGACAGAUUAAGGAAGUGUGAAUGCUUAUCACUUUACUCCCCAGCCAUCAAUUAUUGUUUAAUGGCAAUAAGUAGCAUAAAAUUAAGUAAUAAGUAAGGUUCAAAUCUUCUAAGAAGCUUAUAAAUAUAUAAUUCUGAGUUAAGCUGUAACUGUUUUUGACUACCUAAACCAAUAAAUUUACAAAGUUAAAUAACUUCAUAAGUAAAUGGUUAAUGGAGUAAUAAUUGACAAACCCAGAUUUACCUUAAUAACCUUUAAUUAAGAUACUUCCAAAAAUUUAUUUGCCUGGUCUUAUGAAUAAGAUAAAUCAUAUGAACUAGUAGGACAUACAGCUGGAAUUAAUGGAGCUUAUCUUUAAGAUACGCUUGGGACUUUAAUUACAUAUUCGAAUGAUGGAUUUAUUAUUGUUUGGAAUUAUCUUUAAAAUUCUAUUGUUAGUAAGCUUAAUAAUCACAAUUCUUAGGCUGUCCUUGAUUUAUUUAUAAAACCAUUUGAUAAUAGCUAGCCUAAUGGAAGAAUUCUUUUUAUAUCUAGAGGAGCAAAUUAUUAAAUUUGCAUUUAUGAUUUUUAAUAAAGGCAACCUAUUUCUUUCAUUUAGCUAAAUGCCGGUACUAAUACCUUAGUUACAGAUGAUCUUUAUUAAAGAGUUUUUGUUCUAUUUACCAAUACAAUAUAUGUAUACAGUUAUUUAACAGGACUUAAAAUCACUUAGCUUCCUGGAUUUGAUGGUGAUAUAGGUUAAAAUUUUAUUAUAUAAGGGAACUACAUCAUUGCUGGUGCAUAGCUUGUUAUCUAAUCUUUUAAUAGACAAACAUUAAAUUUAUUAUUUUCUGAUAAAUCUACUUAAAAUAUUUAUUAGAUGUCACUUCUAGGUAAUUUAGUUGGAAUCAUUAGCAAUGGAAUUAAUGAUAUAGUUAAAGUUUGGAAUUACUAAACUGGAACCAUGCUUUAAGACAUGACUAACUAAUAUUAUCCUCUUUCGAUCAAUGGCAUUAUGGCUGAAUAAGAAGCUAAUAUUUUUUUUGUAAUGAAUGUUAAAAAUUAAAUUUUUACGUUUAACCCCUUUUCCUCAAGCUUCUCAAAAGUGUAAGAUUUUAUGAUUCUUCCAAUUUUUACUAGUGAUAAAAUAAUUGAAAUUUUGAUUGAUAAACAGAGCAAUACAAUGAUUGCAUACAAUAAUAAUGCAAUUAUGUAAUGGAAAUUUUACUCCUACCUAGGUUAAAGCGGUUAGCAAUAAUCUCUUCCAUCAAAUUCUUUGAUAAAUUUAGCUUAUAAUCCAAUAAAUGAUUUAAUUUUCUAUUCAGAUUUUGAAAGAAAUGUUUGGUUAAUUUAGGAAAACUCCCUUUAGUAUUUAAUGCAACUUAGUACAUAACCUCUCCAGUCUAUAAUUGUUGGAAAUGUGCUGAUAAUAAGAGAACAAACUACGAUAAAGAGCUAUAAUACAAAUUAUUAACUUGUUUCAACAUUAUCAAUUAAUUCUUAUCUUCUCAUUUCAGAUAAAUCGGAAAGCAGUUACUUCUUUAUUGUCAAUAUGACUUAGGAUAUUGUCAAAGUUUCUGUUGAUUAGACAUCUUCAGUUAUAACUAUAAAAAAAACCUAUUAAUAAAAAGAUGGAGUAACUGGAGAUUCAACGUCAAGAAUAGUUUAUUCAAUAAUAAAUGCUAAUUUGACACAUUUAAUAGUUUGUUCUCAAAAUGGAAGUAUUUUAGUUGUAAAUUAUGCUAAUGAUUAGAAGUUAGCUACUCUAACUAACCAUUCUAACAGAGUUACUAAAAUAAAUAUUGACAUCUCUAAAGGUUUAAUGGUUAGUAGUUCUAUAGAUGGAUCUAUUGGACUGUAUGCUUACUCUUAAACUUUAGUGAGUUUACUUGCCAGUGUUCCUAUUGGCGGAUAAAUAGAUCAAAUAUUGCUUGAUGCUCAAUAUGAUAGACUGCUUAUAUGGAUUAAUCUUUAAACAAAAAUACUAAUUUUUAAUACAGCUACUAUGAGUAUAUCAGGUACAAUACUUGCUCCAAGUGAUACUUACAUUUAGAUGAAACUGUCAUAAAGCUUCAAUAAAUAUGCUGUUUUUAAUUUUUUUUAGGUAAAUAUUUAUGAUAGAUAAACAUUUCAAUUCAUAUCUAGUAUCCGUAAUCCUUCAGAUUUGAAUGAUAUUGUAGAUGUCAGCUUUUUAGGUAGCAAUCUCAUACUUGUAAACUCAAAGUCUAGCUUGAGAAUCUAUCAAAUUCAAACUGGUUCAAUUACAGCCAUUCUUACUAAUUAAUAUAAUAUGUAAGGAAGUUAAAUAGUUUCCUAAUCAUUUGACCCUGCAACAAAUAUUGUUAACCUAAAAGGCAUCAACUAUAAGACAUCAUUUAAUUAUACUUUUAUGAUGUACUCCUAAAAUUAGUCAAACGCAGCAUUCGAUUAGAGCUUUUGUUAUUCUAAUAUUUAAAAUUCUAAAAGUUACUUUACUAUGAAAAGAAGUAUAGACUUGCAUAAAGCAUCCUUUACAUAAUUUGGUUUAGGAAAUAUAAUAAAAACAGUGAAAUACAACAUAAUCUACUCUUCAAGCAAAGCUACUACUGACUUAAUAAGUGUUUUCUAUCCUGAUUCUAACUCAGCUUCAUCUACUUAUUAGGAUUUAUUUUUCUAUGAAACUAAAUUUAACUAAUAAGGAAUAUAACCUCGAAUUUUAGUAGGCUUGUCAAAUGCUUUAACUGAAUACACACUUAGCUAACUGUAAUUAAAAAAAUAUGCUUUGUAUAUUUAGAAUCAGGACUUAAAUUCAAAUCCAUAGCCAGUUAAAUUCCAUCCAAAUACAUAAACCUUCAUCUUUAAUGAUGGAGAAAUACUAAAUCAAACUUCAAACUCAUUAAUUACCCAGGGUUUCCUCUUCACAAAUGUGUCUAAAGUUAUCAUCGAAGGUUUCAGUAUGGCAAAUAUUUAUUUUGAUGGUACCUAUACAAGCUUAAAUACUAGAAUAUUGUCAAACUCAUAAUAAUAAGGAUCUAGCUCUCUUUUUUACGUUAGCAGCGCUUCUUAUGUAUACAUUAAAUAAAUUGUUAUUAGUAAUUGCACCUUCAAAAACCAGAAUUUAUUUAAAUUUGAAAACAUUCAAACUAUAAUUAUUGACAAUAUUUAAUUUAAAAAUAUUACAUUUGAAUCUACAUUAAACAAUACAAACGCUUUGUUUUAAAUGAUCAGCUCUUAGAACAUAUAAAUAUCUAAUAUUUAAAUUAUUAAUUGUUCUACUCUAAAUAAAUUUAAUGUCUUUUCUAUGCUAGGAAAUAUAUAUACAAAAAUAAGCUAAAUAACUAUAAGCUAAUCUAUAAAUAGCAGAAUUUUAUACUACAUUUAAACUUACACAUAAGCUUAAUAUUAAUAUAAAGUUAUUACAGAUACCUUGAUAAUGGACACAUUUAACAUAAAUAAUGUUAAUACAACUGAACUCUCUUUAAUAGAUUUACAAACUAACAAUGUAUAGAUUGCAAGUAUAAAAGCAAAUAAUGUAACAUGCUAAAGUUGUCUAGGUUCUGUUAUUUCUGCAGACGCAAAUUAGUUUAUUUUAACAGAUUCAACUUUUAAAAACAACGCAGCAUAUUAGGGAGGUUCUAUAUACCUGAGUAACUGCUAAGUUCAGUGCCUGCUUAAUUAGACAAAGAUUAUCAACAACUAAGCAAUAAAUGGUGGUGGAAUUUUGCUAUAAAAUAGUGAAUUACAGUUAAAAGAUACCUAAAUAAUCAAUAAUACUGCUUAAAUUGGAGGAGGAAUAAGAUAUACUGGAAUUAUCCCAAAAUAAUUUAUAAAUAAGUAAUGGUAAAAUAAUAAUAACAUCAUUUAAGGCAAUACAGCUUAAAUUUUUGGAGAUAAUUUAGCCUCACAUCCUAGAAGCAUGAAGCUCACUUUCUAAAAUAAUAAAACUCAAGUUUAUUAGAUUGCAAACUAAACUUCUGACAGUUUUUCUUAGUCUUACUUGAUAUAAAAUGUUAUGAGCGGUGAUAACUUUUUGUUUAAAAUCUAGCUGAUUGAUGAAGAAAAUAAUCCUGUUAAAAUUAAAACUGAUCAUAUUUAGUUAUUACCAUAAAUAGUGUAUGAUGAAUUGAAUUCGUACUAAUUUUAAUGCAUAUCAGAUAAUGAUUUGAUUCAAUUAAAUUCAGAAACAUUAAUAGGUUUAAAUAAAUACGAAAUAUCUACUCAUUCUUUUGUAUUUGACAAGCUUGCAAUCAAUUCGAAACCUCCAGGAACCAAUUAUUUCUAUGUGAAAACAAAUGCUAUUCAAUUACAGAGUCCUUAAAACUCUUCUCUAUUCUUUACGCCAUAGUUUAAUGAAUAUAUUCAAAUUCAAUUUAGAUCUUGCUAAGUAGGCGAAUUAUUCAUGCCAAAGUAAGCUGGUUAGUUGGAGUAUUGUAAGUAAUGCCCUGAUGGCAUGUAUUCUUUAGCUGAUCCUUAUAGCAACAGUAGUGCUAGUUUAAGUUGUAAAAUUUGCCCUACAACUGCUGUAAAUUGCUAUAGAGAUGUAAUUGAGUUAAAAAAUGGGUAUUGGAGAGAAACUAAUAAUACAGACACAAUAGUAGAGUGUGUAAAUGCACCUGAUAACUGCUAAGGAGAGUCUAGUGAAAGCAAAUUUUACUGUAAGUAAGGAUAUAUAGGUCCAUUAUGUGAAACUUGCGAUAUUGAAUCUAAAAUAUGGCCAGAUCGUUAUUCUUAUGCUGGAAAUUUUUCAUGCAAAAAAUGUGAUUCUUUAAAUUCUUACUAUUUAAUGCAAGGAUUAGCAUUUUUGUUGAUUAUAUUAUACGUAAUAUAUGGAGUGGUUUAAUCUAACUUUGUAUCUAAGAAAAAAAUUAUAGGAUAUUAUAUGAGAAUGGCUGGAUUUGCUAGUAUAGGAACAAGCGACUGUGAAGACUACACAAGCAUUUUCCUUAAAUUUUUAAUGCACUAUUUAUAUAUAAGCAAGAUUGUAAAUAAGUUGAACUUUUAGUUACCUUUUGUAUUUGAUUUUAUUUAAGUUUAAAUAUCAACCCCUAUUGACUAAAUGAAGUUUGUACCAGACUGCUAUAGGUCUAUCUUUAAUCAGCAACUUAAACCUGUUUACUCUAGAUAGGUUAUCUCUUAGAUAGUUCCCCUUUUCUACUUAACAUCUGUUUCUCUUAUUUACUUUUUACUUGUGUAAAGCAAAAAAAUCAAACACAAUUCUAAUCAAAUUUUUAAUGGACUUGUUUUUCUUUUUAUUUUUAUCCAACCAGAUUUGCUGUCAGGGAUAAUAUCUGCUACUUCAUGCAGGACUAUUGGGGAUAAAUAAUAUAUAACUGACGAUAUCUCUUCUAUAUGCCUUUCUAGAGAUCAUGUUAUAUUUAUCCUAUCGUUUAGUUUGCCUUUUUUCAUUAUUUGGGCUUUCUUAUUACCAUCUCUCUUGUUUAGUGGCAUUUACAAGCUAAGAAAAAAUUUAGACUUCAUAAAACCACGUAUCAGGUUUGGUUUUCUUUAUCAGGAGUAUAGACUAAAGAUAUUUUAUUGGGAAUUUCUAAAAAUAGCAUUAAAAUUAUUAAUCACUAUUGUAAAUAACUUUAUUUCUGAUAAUGAAAUUUUAAAAUCUUCAAUAUCUACCCUGUUCAUACUAAAAUACGUUCUUCUCUCAAUCAGACUAAGACCUUAUUAAUCUCAUAUAUUUAAUAAAUGUGAUCAGUACUCUCAUAUUAUUUUAAUAGUCAUCCUCCAUUUCAAUAUAAUAAUAAAUAUUACGAGCCAAGUUUUUAUCUAAUCAAUAGCAAUUAUUCUAUUUUACUUUUUCCAUUACUCAUUUAUAAUUUAUCUUAUCUUGCAAAUCCUAAAAUCUAAAAUAAAAGCUUUAUUAGUUUACUUUGCCAAGAGAUUUCCAUACUUUGAAAAAUAAUUCUCAUCUUUACUCAAUUUAAUGAAUGCAAAAGUAGUGAAUAAAAUGUAAGUUUACAAGAACUGGAAAAAAGUAUAUGCUUUUGUUUAUUGUAGCAAUUUUAAAAAGAGAAGAGAAGAAAAUAAUUCUAUGCUUGAAUUAACUCAUAAAUAAGAAAAACUUAAAAAUUAAAUAUCUAAAGAAAAGAAAAAAAGUAUCUUCCAUAACGAAUAAAAUACUCCUCGAACAAGCGAUUUCUAAAUUGAUUCGAGUUAAGUAAACAAAAAAGAAGAUGAUGACCAAUCUUAAUCUAACAGUAUAUCUAUAGAAAUCUAAAAAAAUAGUUAGAACAAAGAAUUCCCUAAAGUUCACUCUAUAAAAUCUAUAUAAAAAGAUCAAAUUCUAAGAUCUAGUAUGGAAUUUGCUUAUAUUACAAAUAGAGAUCUCAUACUUUCAAGCCGUGAGUUAAAAUCAGUAGUUAAUAGUCCUAUUAAUUAGGAUUAUAACUUUUAAGAAAAGCUUGUAAAAACUUUAAAGUUAAAAAACAAUAAAAUUUGA